UAUCUGUAAAUGCUCAGGCACAAAGUCAUUUAGCAGGGCAAUCAAUAGAGAAAUUGUAUAAAUUAAUUCAAGAAGCGAGGUGCAUUAUCGUUAUGGAUAAUGAUCUUACUGAUCUUAAUAUCGAAUGGAUUAAAGCUCUUCGCAAGGAUAAACUAUUUUCAAUUAUUCAUAACACUUAUCAGCCUCAGAAAGGUAAAACAUUCCGCCUAGCUCCUAAUAAAGAAACUGUGUUAGCUGAACUCUGGGAUUGGGUCAAGAAAAUGUCUUCACUACCUUUUGAGUCUCGGAAAAAAUUGCGAAUCAAGGAAUAUCAUGGUAAAUCUGAUCCGAUAGAAAAGGAUCAAGAUUUUAGCAAUGUAGAAGAAUCAUGGAAAGACUUAGAUCUGAUUGCCUAUACUAGCACUCUAAAAAUAGGAGUAUCGUGUACCAAUCCUAAGUUUGAGCAGGCCUUUUGUUUUUUUAAUAGCUACAUAGAAACAAAUGCAGGAACGAAUCAAAUGCUAUUCCGCAUGCGAUGCAUUAAAGAUUAUAUAUGUCACAUCGAGCAAAGAUCAUCUAAUGCUCCCAUUACAGAAGAAGGAUUAUUUCGAUGGUUAUUGAAUGCCAAACGUGAAUGUCUUCCCCGAGAACUUCAGAAUAGAGGAAUAUUUCCUGACAUAUGUUCUAUCAUCAGGAACAAGUAUGUACCAACUGUUCGAUUAUGGGUAGCAUAUAUGUUAGAGAAAUUCCGUUCUUAUCAUUUAUUUGGUUGGAGAAUGGUCGAUUUUCUCCGAAAGGCGGGUAUGGGAAUUUCUAUCAUAGAACUUAUACCUAAACCUAAAGAUAAUAUGAUAUCAUUAUCCCAAACAGUAAAGGUGAGUUCAUCUAUCAUUAAAGCGGAGGAGAUAGCAGAUGUUUCCAAUGCUACUAUUAUCGAUCGUGAAACUGCUGAAUUUUUGGAGAAUAAACCAAAGAAGACUUUAGAAGAGAUGUGGUCUUUAGACUGA